CCGCCUCUUCCUGUGACAUCACACCUCCUAGGAGAAACUCCAUUCUAGACAGCACCGUGCUAUGAGGUUGUCGGCAAGUUUCAGGAAGCAGCAUGCCAAGCCUACCGCUAGAUGAGCGACAAGUGACCCAGAGAGAUCCGGCGACUGGAAAGUUGCGCACACUGCCUGCUCUGCAUCCGAGCCGUGUUGCAGCCAGACACUUUAUCGUCUAUACUCCUCCACCAGAGUCCUGUUCUCCUGCUUCCCUAGAGGAGUUUUUGGAAAGGGUAGACUUCAUUCUGAAGGACCUAAAGUGGCUGUUAGCGCUGCCUCAUGAUCUUUUCUGGUGCCAGGCAAUAUAUGACGAGUCACUACAGAAAUGUUUGGAUUCCUUCCUGAGCUGUGCCCCCCGUAGAUAUGACCGCCACAUCCCUUUCCCACCUGCUGUGCAGCGUGUACAUGAGGAACUCUAUCGCCAUGUUUUUCUCACAUUCCUGAGGAUGGCUACACACAAAGAGUCCAAGGAUCAUCAUAUCACACCAUCGCUGUUUGGGGAAAUUUUGUACAACAAUUUCCUUUUCGACAUUCCAAAACUCCUGGAUAUGUGUGUCCUGUUUGGGAAAGGAAACUCUGCUAUCUUGCAGAAGAUGAUUGGUAAUAUUUUCCAACAACAGCCCAGCUAUUACCAGGAUCUGGAUGACAGUGUGCCUACAUUGCUGCAAGUUUUCAGCUCAGUUAUGCAGGUUUGUGGGCUUCAGCAGAAGGAUUGUAAAGAACCACUGAAACUGGAAGAACAGAGGCUGACAACACCCUUGGAUAUGCCAGAGCAGGAUCUGCGGGAUGCAGUAAUCUAUAUUUGUGACACUUCUAGCACAAUUUGGGCUUUUCUUGAGAUAUUUCCAAUGGCUUCCAACACUCUCCAAAAACACAACUUUCUCAGCAGUUUGAGCUCUUUUUAUGAACUGUGCUGCACAGAGCUUGAAUCUGCAAUAAUAAAAAGAAAAUUUCAAGAUAAGAGCGUUCAGCUCGAUCUGUGGAGGAGACUUUGUCACUCCCGGAAGAAGUUAAUAGAAAUCUCUCACAUCCUCAUCAGCAGCACAUGUCUGCAGCCCAUCCUUGAGCACAGAACAGAAAAUAUUCAACCUUAUGUGGAAGAAUUCCUACAAAUAUUAACAAAUCUGCUUCCCGAAAGAAGGUUUUUGUGUGACUAUGAUGAGCUGUUUCCAGUAGCGGAUGACAUCCACUUGCUACAACAAGUCUCCCCUUCUCUGGAUGAAACUCGCAGCAGGUAUUUGUUAAAUGGCGUCCAGAGUGCAUCGGCAGAAGCUCAGAGACCCAGGCCGCAUUCUGUGCCACCAUCUCAAACUCCUCCUGACAGAAGCAUAGAAGGUGCACCUUCAGGCAGCGAACAAAGCUCUUGUUACCCAGAAGAACCCGCAUGUGCAGGUGCUACAGCUGCUCCAUUUCCUAGCGGUGUUGAGCUGGACUCUCUAGUGUCGCAGGUGAAGGAUUUGCUUCCUGAUCUGGGUGAGGGCUUUAUCUUAAGAUGUCUUGAAGAAUAUGGACACAAUGCCGAAGGCGUCAUUAACCACCUGCUGGAGGAAAACUUGUCACCACAUCUGCAGGAACUAGAUCGUUCUAUGCCCAGACAGGAACAGGUGAAUCCCUGCCCUCUUGUCGCCUCUCGGUCAAAUGUUUUUGCAGAUGAUGAAUUUGAUGUCUUCAGUCGAGAUGUUGUGGACACUUCAAGAAUCUGGAAAGGAAGAAGGAAACACGAAUCCGCAGCACAGAUACUGUCGGAUAAGAGCUCAAUACUUGCACAGAAAGAGCGCUAUUCCAACUAUAGCAUGGUUUCUGAAGAACACACUGUGGAUGGCGACUACGAUGAUGAGUAUGAUGAUACAUAUGAUGGGAACCAGGUUGGAGCAAAUGAUGCAGAUUCUGAUGAUGAGCUCAUUAGCCGCAGGCCCUUUACUAUUCCUCGAGUACUCAGGUCUAAAGAGCAAGAAGAGGAAGAAGAGAUUGAAGAGGAAGAAACCCAAGAACAAACUGUUCGGCACCCUGAUCACUUUGUGCAGGACCCCGCAGUACUGAGAGAACGUGCUGAGGCAAGAAGAGCAAGUUACUUUGCAAGGAGAGGCAUCCGACAUGAUACCAGCACGACUGCUGCUGGAACAACCCGGGGUCAAGGACAGAGCCGAGAAACGGUACAAGAGCGGAGAAAGAAAGAAUCCAACAAAGGAGCCCGAGCAAACCACAACCGCAGGGUCAUGUCAGAUCGGAAGAGGAAUAAAGGGAUGAUACCAUCUUAAUAUUGCAUUCUUUAUAAGGAACUGCUGCUUAGUGACUGUAUACUAUUGCUUUUCGAGCAAUAAAUUCUUAAAAUUUUGCAC